UAUUCAACAGCAACGUAACAGGGCCUGGACACUGGCUGAAUACACAGCUUCACAAUGAGACGGUGCUUCCUGUUUCCUGGGCUGUCUCCUAGCAACGUGCUGUCAAACACACUGACAGGGGAGUGUAGAGCCUUAGCUUGGAACAACAUUAGUCUAUUACUGGACUGAGUACAAAUAAACGGAGAGAAGAAGCUAUAAAGAAUUUCAGACAUAAAUAACUAAAGGGAAAUAUGGAUACAGAAAGUGAGUACAGUGCUUAUACCUCUAUAUUGGGCAGCAGUGAAAAUCUAGAUAGCAAUGCCAUUCAGACUCAAGAGAGAGGUGGUGAUUGGAGAACAAUAUUUUUAGACAAAAUGCAAGACAGAGGACUAAAGCUGCAACAGAAGACCUUAGAAAAUCUAAAACUCCAGAGAGCACAAGAAAAGAAAGAAAAGAAUUCAAAUCCUCCAGAUGAACAGGCCAAAGAUUGGUUUAGUCAAGAUAAAGCAACUGUGCAUACCAGGGCCUACUUACUUGACAAGCUGAUGCCCUCCAUUCUACCCGGGGUGGAGGCUCUUCUUAAGGAAGUAGAGAAAAGAAAGGUUCUAGAAGACAAUUCUAUUCCAUUUGACCCUAUUUUAUAUCUUGGAGAGCAUCUCAUGAGGCAUAAUCCUGAUUAUGUUAGCGACAUUCAAAGCAAUUCCUAUGUACAAGGCCUCAAAGAAGUUCUUGCUGAUCUCAAAGAACAGGUUUUUGACCUAGAAUUCAACAGACUUGGUCAACUAAAGGAAGAAUUGAGGGAAGUCCAACAUCAGAGAGCACAAAUAGAAAGCAUCCGAUCUCAGGUGAAGCACGAGAGGCGAGAAGUUCUGGCUCUGCAGUUCCAAGAAUGGACUCUGGAUGUCAGCAGAAGGAUACCUCUUGUGCUGGUACAAAGUGCCUUAAAAUCUUUUUCAGAAGUAAUAGCUCAUGUUCCAUUGGAUGAAAAAGCAGCUUAUGAAGAGGAGCUGGAUACAGUGAGCACAAUGGAGCAUAUGCUAAAUCAAGAGGAAUUUGUGGAGUAUGUGCAUCCAUUCAUUUGCCGCUUCAGUACAGACUUAUUUCAGGAGUUCCUACAACAUCUCUCACAAUGCGCAGAUACAUUUCGUGAAACCAUUCGACAUGACAUCUGGAGACAAAUGUUUUCUGAUCUCUUCUUUGCAUGUGACCCAGGAAAGGUUGGCUUUCUUGACAGACAGAGAGUCCUGGCUUUACUAGAAACUUUUUAUGAAAAAAUAAUCUCUGAAACUGAUGAAUGGCAACCACGAAACCCUAGGCAAUGGCCAGUAGUUGAACUGGAUGAAAUGGAUCCAACAGACUUUUGGGCUGACUUCCAAGAAGGAGUAAAGUCAUCAGAAGAACAAGAAGGUUCUGUUUUGUCAAUGUCAGCAACAACUCAAAUAUCAACAGGAGGCGAACACCACGCAACAGUCUCUGUGCAAGAAGCAGGACCAGAUAAAUCAGAGGGAUUUCCUUCUACUGCAGACAGUAGUGAAUCACAUCUCACUGGUUUGUCAUUCCCAACAAAGUCAGAGGCACCUCCUGCUGCAGACAUUAGGAGCAUCGAAUCACAUCUCAUUGAUGGAAAACCCUGGUCAGGAAAACUUCUGACUGCUGAUUUGGCCAUCAAGUACAGCUCUUAUGGAGACAAAAUCCAGGAUGAAUGCAAUGCAGCAGCUUCCAAAUUCACAGACUUGCACCCCAUCAUGUCAGAGAUUAAUUCCCGAGGCCCGUCAUGCAUUGCUAGUGCUUUCAAUGACAGUGCGGUCAAUUUACCCCAGUUUGUACAACUGAUGGAGACUUUCUUGGGAGAAGGGGCCCCCCACUCAUUUGUGGAGAAGCUCAUAAACUUUAUACAGAAGGAAUAUGCCGAGACAGAAGAGGAGAAGAUGGCAUUGUUGUCAAAAGUUCGACACAAUGCCUUAGUGGCACGACAGAAACUAGUGCUGCAAGCUCUCUUUGUGAAGUGGGACAAUGAUGGUUCUGGGUUUCUGGGACUAGAUGAGGUUGAGACUCUGCUGUUCAAGUACAAGGAAGGCAUGGAAACAGAGGUGAUGGCUAAAGGAAGGGAAGCAUUGAGUUCCUCCCAGUCUCAGAGGAGCAUUCAGAGACUCUCAGCUCCUGAAUUCUGCAAUUACAUCCAGGGUGUGGUGAAAGAGUUACCUGGCCCUGAUGAGGAGGUGUUUGAAAGUUUGGUGGAAUACCUGACAUCCAGCGUGGAACGUUCCCAGGCUGAGAAGCUGCGAGGGGCUUCCCGGAGAAAGUGGCUGCAGCAAAUCCAAGUGGCAGCUGAGACAAGUGGGGGAAAUCUGCAGCCGGUGUACAAAGCUCUGUUUCAGGCACUGUAUAAGGAUGCGGAGGCACAUGGCAAUAACAAAAGGAUUAGUGCUAACAUUGGCCUUUUGGAGGAAAACUCAGCUGAUGGAAGAUGGACACAGGUCAUUCGCUACGUAGCCUGUACCGCAGAUGAUACUAUCUAUCUACUAAAUAAGUCCCUACAAAGAGAUAUGAAGGGUGUGAGCUUUGCAGCAGUGGAGAGUGGGACACCCCAGCAUGUGCCUCGGGUUCAAUACCACGGAAACAUCCACUUCUGGAAUACAGACCGGCCUGAAGAAGAUCGCAAAGGGUCUCUCAUUGUCCUGCCUCUCAUAGAUGCGCAACAACGGGCAUUUGGUACUCUUUCCAUUGAUACAAUGAGAGAGCCCCGGGAAAGGAAUAUAUUCCUCACUCAUGAGAUCAGCUUUUAUCAGGGGGUCACAAAUGCAUUCAGCGCAUCAUAUAAUCACGUGCAGCUAAUAAAGGACAUUCUUCAGCUAAUAAGCAGUGCCCUCGCCUGGAUAUACAGCCGUGCUCCCAACAUCCGCAGCAUCACCACAUACCUAAUGGAGCCCAGUGUAGAUAAGUUACAGGGUUAUGUGUUUCGCAAAAUGAUGAGCACAGACAAUAAUACUGGGCUGUCUGAAAUGUUCAACUCCCCGGCCACACUGCGCAGGAGGGAUAAUCUUUUCAGGGAUUACCUCUUUAAGUGUGCGGAUAGCUCAGAAGUAAUUACAACAGAUGCCUAUGGAGAGCGUCACAUUGCUGUACCAAUCCGCAACUCAGCAGGACGGGCCCUUGGAGUGUUGGAUCUGAGCACUGGGCAGUGCAAGGAGCUACCUGCUCACGAGUAUCAAGAUCUGCAAAAAAUGCUACAAAUGCUUCAGGAAGCUUGCUAUGAAAUCUUAGAGGAGAACCUAUUAAGUGAUACCCAGAAAAAGCCUAUCCUAGAGGCAGAGCGAGUGUCUGGACAGAGGCGUGCGGCUGUUCUCUUCCAUCGCUUCAUGUUGCAGGAUCUGCGUCAGUGCGUCAGCAAACUCGACCACCAGUCCUUUGCAGAGCUGAAGAGUUACAAGGAACCCCCUACUAUGGUGCAUAGUAUCCUCAAAGCUGUGCUGCUCAUCUUCUGCCCUCAUUGGGCACAAUCAGAAGAGAUUGAAAGCUGGAAUCAGUGUAAACUGAAAGUUAACAGUGAUUUGAUCAGGAAGAUUUUAUUCUUUGACCCAACUGCUCAGUCUGUGCAGGUUAAACCAGAGAUGCUGGCCAAAUAUAUCAAAGGUAUUCCAAGGGGUGCAGUUUGGAAACAUGGCUCCAUCCCGGCUGAACAUCUGUAUAACUGGGCCUUCACCUGCCUGUCCCUGAUGGAACUCACAGAGAAAAUACCGAACACACAAAACCCAUCACUGGCGACGGUACCAGUACCAAACAGAAGUGAAAUUGCUUAAACCCAGAACACGACCAAAUAUAUAUUUACCUUGGAAGAGGCAUGCAGCACCCAGAGCAGGUCUUUGCUGAUCCACCCAGCCUGCUUGAAAAUGGAAUCAUUCAAUUAUCAUAAAAGGGAUUCUGUCAUGAUA